CUUUCUUUCCCUCAAUCCAAAUCAAAUUCAAAUGGCUGCUGUUAAGGCUCACGAGUUGCGCACCAAGAACAAGGCUGAGCUCACCAAGCAGCUUGAGGAACUCAAGCAGGAGCUCGCUGCCCUCAAGGUUCAGAAGGUUGCCGGCGGUUCUUCCAGCAAAUUGACCAGGAUCUCUGCUGUCCGCAAGUCGAUUGCCCGUGUCUUGACUGUUAUCACUCAGACCCAACGCGCUCAACUUCGUAUCUUCUACCAAAAGAAGAACUUCUUGCCUUUGGAUCUCCGUGUCAAGAAGACUCGCGCUAUCCGUCGCCGUCUUACCAAGCACGAGGCUUCCCGCAAGACUGUUAAGCAGCAGAAGAAGGAUACUCACUUCCCUCUUCGCAAGUAUGCCGUCAAGGCAUAAAUAAAGAAGAAGAAAGAAGAAGAAAGAAGAAAAAUGAAAGAUGAAAGAUUUGAUCGUAACCAUUUUUCUAACCCUUAUCUUAAAUAAAAAAAA